CUCAUUCCCACGCUCCCCUGUGUGCUCAACGCCCGCCUCUGGUCUUGCGUGCAUGGAGCCAUUCUUGGCGUGCUCCAAAAGCACCCCAUGCCCCUCUGUCGGUUUCCCAGCCAUGCAGCUCACUACUUUAUGCGCAUGCUUGGUGAUAGCAGGCCUGCUAUGGGACGGCGUCCCUCCACUUACGCCUCGCGUCUCGGGUCCUUCGAGACCUGCUUUCGACAUGGCGUACCGUCCCAGAGUUUCGAGGCCAAAUGAGCAUGCCUACACGAGACUGCUGUUAGCAUCCAAUGAAGGCUUCCCGUCCGCCACUGUCACCGCCGGCUCCAGAUUCCUUGCAGUAGCGCAUCGAAAUGCCGUCCAUGGCGAAGAUUGGGGAGCACCUGCGGCCUAUUAACUUCAGACCUACUUCUGCAACGCCCAUGUCCGAGCGAGUCCGAAAAGUAGGUUCUAUUAUCGGCCUUGCACAGCAGCGGCGAGGGCUGCAGUGGAGGGCAAAAUUGCGUUUGAUGCUGGGGCUGUUUCUGUUCAGUUUCGAGCUCGCAGGACCCGUGGAUGAUGUGCGAAGUUUGAAGCUUGAGGUUUGAAGCUUAAAGCUUGUUGCACGUGACAAGCGAAUCAAUCGGAGGACUUGAUUAUGUAACUUACACAGCCACGCUAACGCGUCUCAAAAAUUUAGCGCCUCGAGCAUGGCUGACC